AUGGCUUCAUCUCGUUUAUUUAAUAAUAUUGCGAUUUUCACCACAUGGGUUGGUAUUUGUUUAGCUAUUGUUGGUGAUGUGAUUAAUUCUAUGCUUUGUAAUGUUGAUGAUGGUCAUCGAGAUGUUAUUUUUGAUCAUUUUCUAGGUGUUAAACUAGAUGUUAUUGAAAAAGGAACUCAUUUUAUGAUUUCAUGGCUUCAUAGACCAAUUAUAUUUGAUAUUCGUACACGACCACGAUCUGUUCCAUCAAUAAUAGAAAUAAAAGAUUUACAAACAAUUAAUAUAACAUUACAUAUUCUUCAUCGACCAAGAGCUGAACUUUUACCAAAAAUUUUUUGCAAAUUUGGUUUUAAAAUCUGUUGUGCUAAGUCUCAAUUUGAUGCUAUUGAAUUGAUUACACAACAUACACUUAUUUCUCAGCGUGUUAGUGAAUUAUUAAUAGAACGUGCUGCUCAAUUUGGUUUAUUACUUGAUGAUAUUUCGAUUACUGAACAAAAUCGUCAAGCAAUUGUUAUUGCAGCAGAAGGUGAUGCUCGUGCAGCUGAUUUGAUUGGCAAAGCUUUAGAUGAAGUUGGUGAUGGUUUGAUCGAACUUCGGCGAAUUGAAGCCGCUGAAGGUAUUGCAAAUCAAUUAUCAAAAUCAAGAAAUAGCGUCUAUUUACCACAUGGUCCUCAAAUGUUACUUAACAUUACUGGUGCUAUGCAAUAA